AGUAUCUCUCCAUUUAUUCUAAAAGGAAACAAUGAUCAAAUAUUAUGAUAGUGAUUGAGCUAAAUGCUGAAAUCAUACCGAAGUUCUAGCAUAUUCGGAAAUUUCACCUCCUCCUGAUAGGAAAUGUAAAUGUUAGUUUGUCGCCACCUGGUGUUUGCAUCCAUAAAUUGUUGAGAAAGGCUUCACCAAAAACCAAAUGCGAUGUCCAGCAAAUACCAGCGAGUACAGUAAAUACAGCAUGUUACACACACAGUUGCACACAGCUUUACUGACACAAAUCUUACUUUAGACAAAGCCCCGGAUCAACCCUAUCUGGAUUAGUUAAACUCUGCGGUUAUUACUCGUGACAAUUAGUUUUGAUGCUGUCAUUUGCAACAAUAAUAUUCCUCCGCACAUUUUUUCUAAUCUAAAACGAACACCACCCAUAAAUCCAGCACAAACACCAUUUGGUUGCAGCUGUUGUGAUCGACCGUCCCCUGCAUCCUUUGAAUGGUACGGUCCGUUGCCUAGGUGCUCGUAGAAGCCAAUUCACUCCACCACGCCUGUCCUCAGCGUUUGGCUCUCCUGUCGCUUUUACCUUUUGCAAGGGGAUGUCAAGGGCAGGAGACGUUGUCAUGGAUGAAUUUCAGCAACAAUGGGAGUGACGAAGUUUGAAGAUCGACUGAGUUGUAUUCUGUGAGAUGCUAGGCUAAAUUGUUGUUUGGAAUCAGUCACUUUCACCACUGAGGAAAAAGGUCAUCACUCACAGAUGCAGCUUCAUCCAGCUUAAUGCAUGACCAUGGAUCAUGAAGAGGUGCUGACGGAGCUCGACCAGAUUUCUAUGCGACUUCAGGAGGAUGGUUUGCCUCCAGCAGCCAGUCCCGAGGAGCGGCAGCGCCACCUGUGGCAGCAGCUGCUCAACAGUGAGGCAAAGCUUCAGUCAGCCACCCAGGAGCUGCAGACCGUACGUACCCAGCAGGCCAAUGAGAUGAAGGAGGUGGAGAGCUAUGUUGCACAUAUUCGUGGGCUGCUGCAACAGCGUGAGUGUCUGACUGCGGGCUAUGAGAGAGACAAUGAACAACUGCGACAAGAGCUUCACCACAUCAGACAACAGCAAGAGAGCCAGAGCAAGGAGCUGGCGGAGAUGUUGGCCCAAGAGGACCUUGGGGAGAUGGGCUUGAGCAGCCCCAGUGAACAGGUGGCUUACUUGCUGGUGGAGAGGGCCACACUGCUGGAGAGGCUGGAAGCUGCUGAGAGGAGACUUGACAGUCAGAGCCUCCCUGACAACUUAAGGGAGGUCCACCUCCAGGCCCACAGCGAGGAGAUUUCUCUCGAGCGAAAUGAGCGCCAAAGGCUGGAGCGGGACUUGGAAGAGGCGUCAAGCAGGCUGGCGAUGGCUCAUCAGGAUAUCCGAAGACUCAACAAUGAGCUGGAUGUUGCCAAAAACAACAACUUUGACUCAAGUGGAUCAGAGCUUCAGGGAACGGUCCAUGAAGUAGAGAACCUGAGGAAGGAAGUGGACAAACUGAAACACUGUGAUAUGAUGAAGCUGCAGAGAGCCAAAGAGCAAAAUGACAGACUGGAUGCUGAGAAUAGAGCUCUGAGGGAGAGAGUGCGCCUUUUAGAGUCUGAGAAGAACAAUCUCCGUGACCAGUUGGCAAGAAAUGAUACAGACCAAGAUGUUGCAGCCAAAGAGGAUCCAAAGGACAAAAGCAUUAACAGUGAUCCACAAAGCCAUCUGUCAGCUACAGAAAAGGAUCUCAUUCACAAACGGUGUCGUGCGGCCAUGGAAGACAGGCUUGUACAGGUGAAGGAGCUGGAAAGGCAACUUCUGAGGCUACGCAAGGAACAGGAGGAGCUGGAAGAGAGGAACGAGGAGCUGGAGUCCCUGCUGGGGGAGACCCAGAAUGCUAGCAAGGAGGAGAGGCAUCGCCAUGAGGGAGAACUGGAGGGACUGCACAGGAAGAUCAAAAGCCUGGAGGGAGAGCUGAAGAAGCAGGAUACCCAGGAAAAACUGUUAAAGAACGGAGAAGAGGUCAAAGCCAAUGAGUCCUACUUACAGCUGCACUUAAGGGACAGCAGCCAGGAGAGGUUGGCUCUGCUAGAAGCUCGUCUGACUGAGGAAAAGGACUGGAGGAAACAGCUGGAGGUGGACCUCAGUGCUGCCCAGGCCGCACUUAAAAAAGACAAGGAGGCUUUGCAGAUAGGCGAGCGAGAGCUGAAGAAGCUGAGACUCGAGGUCAACAGCCUUCAGACUGAAUGCCAACAAGGGAAAACACUCAUCAAGAGCCUCAACCAAGUCAAGGGGGAAAAAGCCAUUCUGGAGGAAAAGGUAGCCCAGAUGGAGCGCGCCCACCGCCGACUCCAGAGUGAGGCAGAGCACUACAAGGACAGUAACCAGACCCAGGAGGACCUGCGGGAAAACCGGUUGCAGGUUGACCAGCUGCAGGAGCAGGCUGACCGGCUAACCAUGGAACUCAGCAGCCUCCAGACAGCACACAACAGACUGAGGGAUGAAAUGGUUUCUGAGCGGCUGCAGACUGCUGAGCUCCAGGCCAAACUGAGCAACAGUCUCCAGGAGAAACUGGCGGCUGAGGAGGAAAGAGAGAGACUGGAGCUCGAGGUACAGCGCCUCAAGGGGCAGAUCCAGUGGCAUCAAGAGCAGCUCUCCUUGACAAAGGAAGCACUUAGUAACAACCAGAAAUCUGAAUUGCUCACAACUCACAUAGAGUGUAGGCUUAGUCCAGUGGAGAGGACUAAGGAUGAGUGCCUGGAUCAGCUUUCAUGUCUGAAGCAGGAGCUGAAUCAUCUGCAGACCAAGCUGGGGGAGGAGCGGCAGCUGGCCUCUCAGCACCAACUGGCUCUGCAGGCUCAGAUCAAUGAAGCCCAGGCACGAAUCAAGUCCCAGGACUUAGUGAUGAGCCAGAAGUCAGAGGAGGCUAAACAGACGAAACAGGACCUGCAGAGGGCACAGAGUCUGUUCACCUCAGCAGAGAGAGAGUUGCGCUAUGAGAAGGAGAAGAACAUGGACCUGAAGAGACACAACACCCUGCUGGACCAGGAAAAAAUGAAACUUUGUGCAGAGCUGAAGCAGGUUCAGACCAAGCUGGUCCAGUUGGAGCAGAGCGUCCACACUCAGGCGGCUGAUUCUGAACGUCAGCAGCAAAGAAUCAGGGAACUGGAGCUGGAACUGGCACGCAACUCCACAAACCGCAGCACCACCACCAGUCUGCAGGAGGACCUGCAGGCCGAGAGGGCACGGCUCAUUGCUGCUGACAAGAAGGUGUUGGAGCUGCAGCAGCAGCUUAAGAGUGCCCAGCACCAGCUGCGCAUGGAGGAAGCUCGGGCUGGUGAGAGCAGUCGCCUCGAGAGGGACAGCAGGGAUCUGUCUGACACCUUGUCAGCCCUGAGAGCCCAGCAGCAGGAGGAGCACAUCACCAGGAAGCUGAUAGAGCAGCGUGAGGAAGAGCUGCAGCAGCAGGUGCGCUCCCUCAGGCUGAAGGAGGCGUCCCUGACCAGGACAAAUGCAGAGCUCAGCCACCGUGUCCAGCAGCUGGACACCCGUCUAUCCAUCCUGGAGGCUGAACUUAACAAGGCCAGAGAGGAGGCGAGAGACGGUCAGACGUCGAGCCACAGACUGAAAGAGGAGCUGGCGGCCAGUCAGCAGGAAUAUGACAGACUGCAGGCCGAGCUGCAGCAGGUUCUCUUCCAACUGGACACACACGUCAGGAAGUACAAUGAAAAGCAGAGUCAGCACAAGACAAAGCUGCGUCAGGCCAAGCAGGUCUUUCUCAAGGCCACUACACAAAGGGACAGCACCAUCCAGAGACUGGAGAACGACCUGGCGCUGGCCUCCAGCCUCUCACACAAGGAGAAGGAGAGGAUCCACAAAGUGGUGGAGGAAAACGAGAAGAUUUUGGAGGAGAAGAGGGUGCUGUUGCUGAAGAUAAGUGAGGCAGAGGAAAUGGGCAGCAACGGCAUGAGGGCCGCGUCCACAGCCCAACACAGGGUCAAUGUUUUAGAAGUGGAAAACAGACAACUACAGGAUCGAACCCUGAAGCUGUCCAAUCAAGUCAGUUCCUUAGAGCGCGCCCUGAGGAACGUCCAGUCAUUUUACAGCCUGGAGAAUGCCAAGAAAGUGCUCCCCUCUGAAAGUCUCUGUGACGGCAUCCUGCACACAUCUACGUUAAGUCUGACGUCAGGUUCGUGUGACCCACUGGACAUCCUGGACGCAAUCUGCCGUAUGAAGGUUGGCGAGCGUGCGGUGGUGGACGGCACUCGAGCAUCUGUCUCCACACAUCAGCCAUCAGAGCAGGGCUACCUGAAUCUCACCUCCCCAUUAGUUCCUCCACACACCAAAGGCACAGAGGGGAACGCUAAUAACAGUGAUAAGCUGGACCAACCUGGUGUGCUGCUGCAGGUGUGACAGCUGACGGAACGAGUUCUCGCAGUAGGAGCAGUGGUAGGGUUUGAUCCCCAG